AUGGCCGAUUCAGCUAGGGUCAGAUCGAAGAGACGGAUGGAUGCCCACAGCUUGGGGGCUGCGCAGGUCCCCAGAGGUCCGGUUUUGGACAAUGAAAUUUUUUCUCAAAUGUUGCAAGAUGCUUUCAUUAGAAAUGCAGAACCUAUGUCAGUGGUCAUGCCUUGGGAGAAAGGAGUUGCAAAGACAAUCUUUUCAAAGGGGCCCAACGUCCUGAAGGUUCAGAAGCAGCAGUUGAGAAGUUGGGUUCAAGCCACUGACAACCUGUCGGAGGACGCAAUUGCAGCAGGACCGACAAUGGUUGGAGCCCCAAGUGCGACUUUGUCUGGAGCUCUGUUUGAGAAAGCCUUAUCGGUUGUAACUGACCAGAAUUUCUUGGAGAAACGACAGGAAGAUCUGGAUUUGGCAGUGGACAAAUGGUUCAGCAUCAUCAGGAUCAACCUUUUGGGGUCGGAGGUAGGCCAAACCAUCAUUGGACAUGGAGGCAACAUUCAAGAGCAAAAAUUGGGUGCCUAUGAAACGAUCGAAGCAAUCAUCGGUGUCAGAUCCAGGACAACAGCCAUAUCAAGGGCAAAUGCAUUGCUGAAAUUUUUCAGUUGGAGAGCAGACUUCACUGAGGAUGACGGCAAGCCGGUGACCGAGCAAGCCGCAUGGAGCUAUGUGGCAAAGCUCAGAGCAGAUGGGGUUGUUGCAUUGCACAGUUUAAUGGAGGACAAGGCGGCAAAUUUCAUUGACAGGGCGCUUGCAGCCUAUGCUCUCUUGGCCCUGUACGGCAGAUGUCGACACAGUGACCUGGCGUUUGUAGAUUGUGUGAUGCACGAUUUUGACUGGAAAGGUGGCUUCGUGGAAGUGUCGACAAGGUUGCACAAAACAGCCAAGAGCGCAACCCAGAAAUCCCAAUUACUUCCAAUAGUCAUCCCGGCAAUUGGAGUGACCGGUCAGGUUUGGGUGCAGGAGGCCAGUGAAGCUUUUUCAGCUUGUGGUUUGAACCUGGACGGCUCUAUCCAGGGACCGCUCUUUAGGCCCCACAUGGCAGCCGGUGGAGGGCUGUGCAAACGGGGCUUGACUUCGUCAGAGGUUACCAAGUUUUUGAGACUCCUUUUUGAGUGCAAUGACAACAAUGUUGAUGGGCCCCGGGUGUCGUCGCAUAGCCUCAAAGCUACUGCACUGUCAUGGGCCUCAAAAUUUGGAUUGCCCAUUCCCGACAAAGCAAUCUUGGGAAGACAUGCCAGCGCGACCACAGAAGCCCAUGCGAUCUAUUCGCGAGACCUCUCGGUAGCAUCUGUGAUGAAACUGCAAGACAUCAUUUUGCGGAUUUCGCGCUUGGAGUUUCAACCGGACAAUCCCCGCAGGGGGUACUUUGCUGAGGAAAACGCACCUUGCGCAGAGCCAGAUGCCAUUGAGUUGGUGAAGGUCGAAGAGGAUUCACCUGCCCAGGAGGGCGUUGAGAAUGAGAAAGAAAUGGACAAAGAGACCAUCUCUGACCACCAGAGUUCAAGUGGCUCUUCAUCUGAGGAGUCAUCAAGCUCAGAUGAGGAGGUAAGACCGCCUCCACCUAAGUGUUAUAGGCACACGGCCAAGGACCAUUUGGCGGGCCGCUUUGUGAGCCACAAAACAUCGAAGUUGGUCCACUAUAAGGACUCUGUGGUGGGUGAAUCGAAAGCUGUUGGCAAAGCCGUCUUGUCAUGCGGCCGGGUGCUGAACUCAAACUAUGACAUUGUCGUACAUUUCGACACAGAUUCUGUGAAUGCCCCUGACAGUUCAUCCAUCAAGAAGGUGCCCAAUGCUGAGCGUGAAAAGACCGAAGUCCAGGACAUGGUUGUAUCUUCGGCGUUGCAAGUCCAAGAGUCUCUGCAGCGCAGAGGCUUGGCCCUGGUCUUCGCGGACCUGGUUCAACAUGCAAAUUAUACCAGGUACCUCACUACGUUGUUCUCGCAUUUGCACAGGGAGCCCCCUGCAGGGUAUAGCCGAUGCUCAGUGAGUCAGAUCGUGGCCGCCGACAAACUGGUGUGGCAGGCUUUGUUGGAGGAAGGGGUGCAACCAAAGAGAGAUGAUGCAGGUGUGUUGGCAUUGGACACCAAGUUGCUCAGCACUUUGGAGAGCUAUCGAGUUUCAUUCAGUCUGCUUCCUUUGAUUGCCAAAAAGGAAGGUCCAGGGAACAUCCAGAAGAAGAACAAACCGCAGCAGCCUUGGUCGAGCGGAAAGGGUGCAGUGGCCACCACACAGAAACCUUGGUUGAAACAGAAAGGAGGCAAGAAAGGUGGCAAAUCCAAACAGCGUGUGCCAUCUCACAUAUUCAAGCUGGGAGGAACUGCCUCCAACCCAGAGGGGGAGCCCAUUUGUUUUGGAUUCAAUUCGGAGGGUGGUUGCUCCGAAGUAUUCUGCGGGAGCGCAAGGGUCACAGCCAGUCUGAAGGAGCUUGGUUUGGUUGAAUCCUUCGGCGUUGAUCACGAUGUUGACAAGGCGAUUGCAACUGUGAAGAGAUUGGAUUUGAAAAUCCCAGGACCAGUGCCGUUGAGAUCGCAUGAACUUCCAGAGGGUUUGACUGGUUUGAGAGGUAAGGAUCGUCGCAGAGAUCUGGGUCACUUGCCGAAGCUGAGGGCCGACUGGUUUAGCAAAUGGACAGCCAGGGCAAAGGAGCUUCAACCAGCAGAGAUGGAGAUGAAAGCGGGCAUGCCUGCACACAUAGCAAAUAUUUUGAAGCCAAAGCGGCUGCUUCUCUGGAAAGAAAUUUUGCUGGAUUUGGGAUAUCCAGAUGCAGAUGUGGUGUCAGAAUUGGCAAACGGUACUGAGCUUGUAGGGGAAGUUCCCACCUAUGGCAUCUUUGAGAAAACUUUCAAGCCAGCAGAAACAACGGUGGACAGUUUGUGCAAGGAGGCGAAAUCGAUCAAGCAGAAGCACUAUCAUAGCUGCAGGUCGUCAGGGGACAAAGAGAUAGAUGAGCUUGUUUGGAAGAAGACCCAAGAGGAAGUCGAGCUUGGAUGGGCAUCCGGCCCCAUUGAUAUAGCAAACCUGCCAGCUGAUGCAAUUGUAAGCCGACGUUUUGGACUCCGACAACCUGGGAAGAUACGCUUGAUAGAUGACUUGUCGGCUAGCAAUGUCAACCAGACGGUGCAAUGUGCAGAAUCACCCAAGCCGCAAUCAAUCGACUUCGUGGCUGCCCUGCUGUUGACACUACUGGGGUGGAAAUUUGCAGAAGAGGGUGAGAAAGCGACAUGCUUUGGUGAUGAUUUUUCAGCGCUGGGUGUACGCCUCAAUUUGGAGAAUGCGAACUUGGGAAAAGUCAGUUUCAUCAACACAGAGAAACGCAUUACAGAGCUGACCAGCGCCAUAGAGGAUAUCAUCAGGAAGGGUCGGAUGACUGUUUUGGAAUCGCAGAAGCUUAGAGGGAGAAUGCAGUUUGCAGAUGGACAAGUCUUUGGUCGUUUGGGAAAGUUGUGCAUGAAAGCCAUAACGCAACAUGCUUUUAAAGGUCGGGGUGAUAAACUUGAGAAACCGACGGUUGAUGCCUUGAGAAGAUUUGUGAUUUUUCUUAACCAUGCAGAGCCUCGAAGUUUGGAAUUGGCGUCCGACUCUGUUUGGACCAUUUACACCGAUGCAUGCUAUGAGCCUCAACGGACCGACUGGGUAUGUGGUCUGGGUGGGGUGCUUGUGAAUCCGCUUGGUGAAAAGGUGGCAUUCUUCUCAAUGGAGUUGUCAACAGAACAAAGGCGUGCGUUGGGUGCUGAGUUCAAAAAGACCAUCAUCUUUGAAGCGGAACUGCUGGCCAUGGUACUGGAUGUGGCAGAAACUGCGUUGCAAGCAUUUUGGUAG